AUUAAAUACAUUGUAUUAUUGAUACAUAAAAUGAUUUUCUAAUGAUAACGCCUACUCUGAUUUUGAUUGAAAUCACGCAAAAAAAUAUAGCAAACAUUAUAGUCUAUAAUUUACAGACAACUAAAACAACUCUUUUUUGUUAUUGUUAUUAUUUAUUUUCUUUCUAUUAAUGAAAUUUUUACAUCAAUUCAAUAGUAUAUUUUAAUGAGAGUUUGUGCCAAAAAUAUGAAACUACCGGCGAUUACUUUGUUUUUAAUAUUACAAUCAUUAAUAACCAGUGAAACAACAGUCUCAUCGCAUGAAAUAUCGUCAAAACACAUUGCAAUGAUAGCUAAACACUAUAAAAAUCUGGUGAAACGUGAUCUUGAAUUGAGAUCUGGUUUUGUGUCUCAAAGUAAAGAAACAAAUCUAUCAGAAGGACAGUCUAAUAAUAUAUCAAAAAUUAUAACAAUAACAUCAACAACAACAACAAUAAAACCACAGAUGACUUCAUUCAAGGGCAACACAAGUGAUAAAAACUUCAAUGAAAUGGUUAUUGCAAUUGAAGUUUGUUUGACAAUUUCAUUGUGUUUGGCAAUACUAACAGUUUAUAUACAAUGUAARAGUAAAUGUGAAACAAAUAUUGAAAACAAUGGUCGGACUGGACUUCGGCUAAAUUCACUCAACGAUUUCAAUGAUAUUAUUAGUGUCAAUACAGAGCCCACUAAUAGAGGUUAUAUGGCAUUCAAUAACAUUAAUAAUAAAUAAUAAAAAUAAUUUAGUUUGAUUAUUAUAGUAUUUUAAAUAAUUAAUUUCAAUAUAUAUCAGUUAUAAUUUUUUUAUAUAA